GUGGCGAUCUUUUUACCCGGAAGAGAUGAUCCUGGUAGUUGACAGCUUUGUCGCAUCGUCUCUUUCACGGGUCAUGUUAAAAUGAGCUAUGGAGUCCAUGUCGAGUGAUGGUUUGAUCCAACCGUGACCCUAUCGCCUUUGAGAAGGUUUUGAAGUAAAGUCCCCUGUCAGCGGCUCCAUAUCCAGUCAGUUCAUGGCUGAGCCUAUCGGUCUUAGGUCUGGCACAGUCAAUCCUACAACAGUUGCAGAGCCUGUUUGGUUCCCUGGACCCCCACCACCUGUUUACACCUGCACCCUGAGCCCUGAGCUGGUUUCCAAGGCACGAGAGGAACUCCAGGAGAAACCAGAAUGGCGUCUACGGGAUGUUCAAGCACUACGAGACAUGAUACAAAAGGAGCAGCCCAAUCUCAGAACACGGCUAGAUGAUGCCUUCCUUCUGCGCUUCCUGCGGGCCAGAAAGUUUGACUAUGACCGAGCCCUGCAACUGUUGCUGAAUUACCACGCAGGACGUAAGGCUUGGCCAGAGGUGUUUCAGGACCUGAAGCCAUCUAUGGUGAAGCAUGUACUGGAUUUGGGCUUUCUCACAGUCCUGCCUCAACCUGACCCCAGCGGAAGGUAUAUCCUCUGCCUCCGGCCAGGAAAAUGGAAACCAAACGACUAUCCGUUUGUUGACAAUGUGAGAGCCCUUUAUCUGACACUGGAGAAGCUGAUCCAGCCGGAAGAAACACAAGUUAACGGUAUUGUUAUCCUGGCCGACUACACUGGAGUUGGAAUGUCACAGGCUUCCAAUCCAGGCCCAUUCCUUGCCAAAAAGGUUGUGAGCAUCCUUCAGGAUGGCUUUCCAAUCAGAAUCAAGGCUGUUAACAUAAUUAAUGAGCCUCGGAUUUUCAAAGGCAUCUUUGCUGUGAUCAAACCUUUUCUGAAGGAGAAAAUGGCAGAGAGGUAUGUGCUUCACAGCUCAGACCUGCGCUCUCUGCACCGAAACAUUCCCCGCUCAGUCCUGCCAGAGGAGUAUGGAGGCAUUGCAGGCCAGCUUGACAUGCGUGUAUGGUCGAGACUGCUGCUGGACUCUGAGGAGGAAUUCAUAGUGGAGUUCUGCCAGCCAGAUCCACUAGAGGGUGUAGUGCUGCCAGAGUCCAUGCUGUUUGAUGGCGAGGAAGCCAGAGGGCAGGAUGAAGACGCUUUCAGGGGUCUGCGCUCUCAACUUUACUCAUGUUACUGAUAAAGACUGUAAAUACACUCUGCCAGGACAUUGUCUUGAUACAUUUGAAUUAUGAUUGGUAGAGCAAGUUGCUAAUAUUCUAUUUUUUUUGUACUAACAUAGAAGCACUAUUAGAUUUGGAUAGCCAGUGUUGUGUAGUUUGCUCUCAGCUCAUUCUGUCACCAGCUGCAGGCAGCAUGUGACACGAGCAUGGCAAAAACCUCAUUAGUGAUGCGUGUUUUAACUAUAAACUGUCACAUCUCUGGAUUUAUUUCGAAUUAUUGAUGUUUUUCACUUCGGGCUUUACAUAAUAUAACAGUCCCUUUUGUAUUUGUAUUCAGGGUGCACGAUCUGCAUAGUCUCGUACUCCCACAAUGCCACUGUUAAGAUUAAAGGACAAGUGUGAUGGAUUAACUCGAGCAUCACCUGCCUGAUUUAAAUUUAAACAUGACCAAAAUAUCUCACCUCUCACUCGAAGUCCCUGGGAUACGCUCCAGCUCACCCUUGAUCCUGAAGAGGAUAAGUGCUAGAAAAUGAAUGAACGAUGAAAAUAUUUCUUAGCUAUGCACUAAAGGGAUAGUAGUUACAAGGUACCAUUACAAGAUACCACUAGAACCAUCACUUAGUUUAAAUGUCAGAUUUCAUAUCUAAACAGCUAUUACAUUGCCUUAAAGGGAUGUAUUAUACAGUACUAACCAAAGCUAUGUCCAUGUGUAUUUUCAUUAUGUACCAGGUUAUAGAUGCAUCUAAAAGAUUUUGCACUUCACUUGCAUGGUAUUGCAGCGCCUUUGCUUGAUUAAGCUUUAGUUUUCUGUUACCUCACAUCCUUUUAACAGGAUUAUUUUUCUAAAUUCUGAUAAUCUGCCAUGUGUUUUUUAUUUUUUAUUUUAACCUUUUAUGACCUGUAUAUCCUUCUGUCAUCACUCAUUCUCAACAUAUGGCCUACACUUGUCGAAUAGGGAUAUGCAGCGAAUGAACAUUCAGUUCUUAUUUUGCCAAGUUUACCACUAUGUCCUGUGUACAGAACUGUGCCAUAAUGCCACAUCUGCUCUCUUGUGCUUGCUUAUUGCUUACUUGAGCAGGUGCGUCAUAUUUUAUGCAUGUCUGUUGCUGUAAGUGUAUUGUGUAGCAGAAUAUAACAGUAAAGUAAAAUCCAA